AUGCGUCUUCUCGAACUGCUCCCUGUCGGGUUAAGCUUGGCACAAUGGUCUGCAGCUGCAGCGUUACCUGCAACUACUGAUUUGGGUUCAUGCAAAAAUCCGCCCAAAAGGGUGGAAUGGAGACAAUUGUCAGAACCACAGAAGAAAUCCUACAUCGAUGCCGUUCUGUGCUUGUCACAUACAAAGGCCAAAUCCGGCAUUGAAGGAGCCGUAAACCGAUUCGAUGAUCAUCAAGCUGUUCACAUGCUCCAGAAGCCUCAAAUCCACUGGGUUGGUCACUUCCUUUUAUGGCACCGUUACUUCACUGCAACCUACGAAAAGGCACUGAGGGACGAAUGCGGAUAUACUGGAGGGCAACCAUACUGGGACUGGUCUCUGGAUGCCGAACCGCAUAACGAGUCAUCCACCCGUCCGUUUGAUUCAGAGAUCUUCAACCCUGACACAGGUUUUGGUGGUAACGGUUACCCCGUCGCAGCGACUCCUGACCAAAAUCGCUUGAACAUUACAGGCAACACCGGUGGAGGAUGUGUAAUUAAUGGGCCCUUCGCCCCUCCUCACUUCGCAUUGAAUGUGCCCACCCCACACUGCUUGACACGAGACUUUGUUCCGUGGAUCGUCAAUCGAAUGGCAGAUAAGAGACUGGUCGAAGAAGUCCUGGCACAGCCGGAUUACACCAGCAUAGCAAGGACAGUUGAAAAGGAGCGAAGCUUUGAUCCUUCAAACAUUCAUGCUAGCGGCCACUUUGGAAUCGGUGGCAUCCUGGGUACCAUGGGAAACGCAGCGGAGAGCCCUGGUGACCCACUCUUCUAUCUCCAUCAUGGCAAUAUUGACCGCAUCUUUUGGGAAUGGCAACAGAAAGAUCUCGAGACACGUCUCAACGAAGUCGGCGGGCCCAUUACGCCUUUUGAUUACAGCGGCAAGAACGUUACAUUGGACUUCACCGUCAACAUCGGCUUGUUAGCAGGGAAUGCCACGCUCAAGGAUCUGCUGAAUACAGAAGGAGGAACGCUCUGCUACACGUAUUAG